CCAGUCUCGUCACGUGACACCAGCCGUCCUCUCGCGUGAACUGGGACGUGACGCUGCCGUCAGUGCGCGAUGACCUCACAGAUCUCCAGCUGUGACCUCAUCAGCUGCUUAGCCGAGAACCCCGCAGUGUGGACGCGGGCUGCUAACGCUUAGCUAGCCAAGCUAACGCCCGCCGCCAUGCUGUCCCGCUUGUUGUUCUCCCUCAUCAACAACCUCCGCGUCGUGGAGAAGUUGGCGGAGUCUCGGCCGAUCCGCAGGGCGGCGCAGAUCACCGCCUACGCCAUCACCAAGGCUCAGAUGGCCGGCCGGGACGCCUCGGAGCGGGCCAUGCGGUCGCAGACGCUGCGGCAGGUCCGGGAGGAGGCCGGCAGGGUCCCCGGGGACCUGGGGGAGGUGGGCAGCCGCCUGAGGAGGGUCCGGGAGACGUUCGUGAACGAGGUGAAGGAGGGAUGGAAGGACGGCUCCAGGCAGGUCAAGAAGUAAAGAGGACACCCUGGGUGAGGAAGUGACAGACUUAAUGACUGCAAACGUCACUUCUUUAACCUGAGUGUGUUCCUGAGUAACUCCCUGCUGGAGAAAUCCAGAAUCUACCUGUGAAUCUAAUGAUCAGUCACAUGAAAUCUGUGUCCAAACAGUUUAUGGCAUUCACUGUAUUCACCUCUGAAAACACAUGGACGUCUGCUGUGUGCACUGGGUGUUUUAGACAUCCUGUGGGGAACCUAGGAGCUGACUCAGAAAGUUAUAUUCAGAAGUUAUUUCAACAUAUAGACCAGACCUCUGGAGCUGCAAUGUCUGAAUAACCCCAUAGUAACGUCCUGGUGACAGUUUAGUCUUUAACCGAUGUGCCGAGCACUCGAUCAUCUGUGACACCAAUCCUCCCCAGGACCUUCAUUUCCUUCAUUUGACAUUGGGUUGUCAGUGGGAAUCUUUUAUCAGCUGUAUAUGUGUAUUCAGAGGGAUAUAAUUAUCAUUGACAAUGAAGUCAUCAUUUAGUUCUGGUUGUAUAAAUAAAGAUGAUUAUUUAUAACGAAG